GAGGGGAGGGGUUGAGCGAAGGAGGGGGAGGGAUUCUGGGUAGGAGGGUGGGCCGAAAAGAGGUAACAUCCGGGAUCCUGGAAACAGGCGUGCGGAAAGGGGGCGGGACAGAAACUGGUCGGAGAAGGGAAAACAGCUGUAGCCGCCUCAAUCGCAGCUUCCUACGAAGGCCAGCUUCUGCUGGGGGCCCCGUUGUGGAGCCGCCUGCCCUGAGGGGCCCCGCCCGACUCUGCGCGGCUGCGCUCAGAUAAUAUCUCAUUGGAUCCUCACAUACACUCUGCGAGACAGGUGCUAUUUAUACAUUUUUACAGGUUUCCUUAAAAAAAAGAAAGAAAGAAAGAAAGAAAGAAAACAAUGGAGGAAUCUAUAAGCCAAAUGCAGCCACUGAAUGAGAAACAGGUGACCAAUUCUGCCAGUGGCCACAUAUGGCAGGUCACCGACAUGAAUCGACUACACCGUUUCUUAUGUUUUGGUUCUGAAGGUGGUACUUACUGCAUCAAAGAGCAGAAAUUGGGCCUUGAAAACGCUGAAGCUUUAAUUAGACUGAUUGAAGAUGGCAAAGGAUGUGAUGUAAUACAAGAAAUAAAGACUUUUAGUCAAGAAGGGAGAACAGCAAAGCCCGAGCCAUUGCUUUUUGCUCUCGCCAUUUGCUCACAGUGUUCUGAUAUAAACACAAAACAAGCAGCCUUUAAAGCAGUUUCCGAAGUAUGUCAAAUACCUACCCACCUCUUCACUUUUAUUCAAUUUAAAAAAGAUCUGAAAGAAAGUAUGAAAUGUGGUAUGUGGGGUCGUGCUCUCAGAAAAGCUGUAGCAGACUGGUAUAAUGGAAAAAAUGGCAUGGCUCUUGCUCUGGCUAUUACAAAAUAUAAACAAAGAAAUGGCUGGUCACACAAAGAUCUUUUAAGAUUGUCUCAUCUUAAACCUUCUAAUGAAGGACUUGCUAUUGUGACCAAGUAUGUUACAAAGGGUUGGAAAGAGGUACAGGAAGCAUAUAAAGAUAAGGCACUUUCCCCAGAGACAGAAAAAUUACUGAAAUAUCUGGAAGCUGUGGAGAGAGUGAAGCACACAAAAGAUGAAUUAGAAGUUAUUCAUCUAAUAGAAGAACAUAAAUUAGUUAGGGAACAUCUUCUGACUAAUCAUCUAAAAUCUAAAGAGGUGUGGAAAGCCUUGUUGCAGGAAAUGCCUCUAACUGCAUUGCUUAGGAAUCUCGGGAAGAUGACAGCCAAUUCAGUGCUUGAGCCAGGAAGUUCAGAAGUUUCUUCAGUAUGUGAAAGACUAUGUAAUGAUAAACUUUUAAAGAAGGCUCGUAUACAUCCAUUCCAUGUUUUAGUUGCACUGAAAACUUAUAAAACAGGACAUGGACUCCGAGGAAAACUGAAGUGGAUUCCUGAUGAAGACAUUUUAAAAGCAUUAAAUACUGCAUUUUAUAAAACAUUUAAGACAGUUGAACCAACAGGAAAACGUUUCUUGCUAGCUGUUGAUGUCAGUGGUUCCAUGGAUCAAAGAGUUUUGGGCAGUAUACUCAAUGCUAGUACAAUUGCUGCAGCAAUGUGUAUGGUUGUUGUAAGAACAGAAAAAGAUUCCCAUAUAAUUGCAUUUUCACAUGAAAUGGUACCAUGCCCAGUGACUAUGGAUAUGACUUUGUGUCAAGUAUUGAAAGUUAUGGAUGAGAUUCCAAUGGGUUGUACUGAUUGUUCUCUUCCAAUGAUAUGGGCUCAGAAGACAAAUACAGUUGCUGAUAUCUUCAUUGUGUUCACUGAUAACGAGACCUAUUUUGGAAGUGUCCAUCCAGCUAUGGCUCUGAGGGAUUACCGGAUGAAAAUGGACAUUCCAGCUAAAUUGAUUGUUUGUGGAAUGACCUCAAAUGGUUUUACCAUUGCAGACCCAGAUGAUAGAGGCAUGUUGGAUAUGUGUGGCUUUGAUACUGGAGCUCUGGAUGUAAUUCGAAAUUUCACAAUGGAUGUGAUUUAACCUUCUGGCACCAGCACUUCACUUCAUGUCCAUUGAUGGCAGUGGAUUUUGCUACAAAGAUCUAAUUACCAGUUAAAUUUAAUCAACUGAAAAAUGAUAGACAUAUCAGAAAUUUAACUUUUUAUCCUUUUUUCAAAAGGAAAGAAACCUAAAAUUACUUUCCUUUCUAUUAUAUAUAAUUUAAACUGCUAAUAAAUUAAACUCAACCAAUAUUUUAUAAAGCAUCUACUGCUAAACUCAGCAUAGAAACUUUAUUUCCAAUUUCUACUGAGAAGAAAAAAAUGUGUUCUGAUGCAUUCACUGAAGAUACUUUUGUUUUAGAAAAUCAUUAGUACUAUAUUUAUUAGGUGAGAGCCAAAAAUGAAAAUGGCCCCAACACGACUGUAUGCCAGCAUAAACAUUUGCUUAAACUGUGUUGUUUAAAAUUUCCUGUUUCCUCAUUUGAAAAGGAUAAUUUUAAUGAUACUUAAAUUGUUUGAAAUCCAAAUACUGAGUAUAUUCUUUGGGUGCAGUAGACCAUGUAACUGUGAUGGAAUAUAAAAAUGAUCUGUAAGAUUUUCAACUUGGGAUAGAGAAGAUAAAAGAGUUGAAGAUCACACCAAGCAAUUUGAAGAAAUAAUCAGAGCUUCAUCAUAUCUCUAAAAUAAUUUGUGUGAUCUCUUAAGAUCACAUUUGUAGUAGUUUUCUUACAUAUUGAAAAUCAACUUUUAACAGUUUUAAAUUAGCACUCAUAGAAUGCAAGGUAGGUAUUCAGAAACAACAUUGAUUAGCAGUUUUUAUAAAUUUACAUUUUAAUAAAGAAUUGUUUUCUAGAAGAAAAACUGAAUAAGUUACUCUAGGUUAUGAGAAUUUUGAUAUAAAUUUACUACUUAAAUAAUUUAAUUUGUCUGGACAAUUCCAGUAAUUAUCAAAAUUAAACCAUAUUAAAAAUAUAAAAUUAACCCUCAGAAAUGAACAUUUUCCUACUUUGAAAGUAGAGCUUUUAAAACAAUUAUGUCUUAACUAUUAUCUUGUUGAUUGCAUCUUAAAUGAGUUUCUAUUAUCUGCAAGGUAAAACCAUCACUAACUUCCUAUAUUGCCAGGUUUUUUUGUCUGGCAACACAAAUUUGGUAAAUUGUUUUCUGAUCAUAGAAAAUACUUGACAAAAGAUAGGUCUCCUGGUAAAUGAUACAUUUUGCAAAGGACUGUUUAUGAAUUAAAGCAAUAGAUUCAUUAACAUCUUCAGGGAAAUUUGUAAAAAUCGAGUGUGGUAAUUUUUUUUUUUUUUGGUACAACAAAGAGUACUUAAGGAACAAAUAUAGUCUUGAUAGGAAAUUUUCUUUAAUCAUAAAAUAACUACUGAAGUUUUAAGCUUAAUAAUUGUUCAUAAUUUUCACAUGAUUAUGCCACCAGUAGUCUCAAUAUUAAAACUUUAAUUUUUCAUUUGUCAUUUUUAAAAAAUUAUUGUGCAAGAAGUAAAACUAGUAAUCAGAUUUUUAACUAUACUUGCUUAGCCAUUAGAGAUUUGUAUGUGUUUGGUGGAGUCAAACAGUAUUAUUGUAAUUUAUAUAUGUAAAUUUUUUCUACUUUUUUAGAACAUUUUUUCAGAAUAGUAAUUUUAGAGCUGUGAUAAAAUCAGCUAUUUUCAACCAUGACUUCAGACAGCGUGGUAGCAGUUUUAAAGUUGAUUCCUGUAUGGAUUAUAUUACAAUACUUUUCAUAGUUGGAGAAUCUGUGAUUCCACUGGUAUCUGUUAUCUCCUCCACAAAAAUAGCUUACAAUUUGUCAGUUACUAGGCAGUUUUUGAGAUCUGCCAUAGCUAAAAAAAAUUAUACUUUUUGCAAUAUAUACCUUGGUAAUAUACCUCUUUUCAUUCAGCUAAAUAGUCCUUUAUACCAGUUUAUAUAACCAGGUAACUCCUCAAAAGCCCUUCCAGCUUGGUAACUAUAAUUCCUAGAUUGUAACAAUAUGGGUCAUAUUUUUAGUAAAUCAAGCUUUUACGAGGAAGCAUCCUUCUCAAAAUGCAUUGCUACACCCUAUACUUCUGAUAUAUUAUAACCGAACUUUAAGACAUAUUUCUGAAGUAUUUUUUUUUUUAGUUUUCUGUAAGAUUUCAGGUAAUUACAUAUUAGAUGUUUUUGAUGCCUACAACUAUCAUACUAUUUAGAUAGAAUUUAAAGAACAUUUGAUAGAUGUAUAUAAUUAACUAUUAAAAUUACUUUUUGAGUACUUCAUAAAUUAAAAAUUUAGAAAUACAGGAUGACUAUUCCUAGAAAUGUAAAUGAGAUAAAACAUUUAAAAAGAGAUUACAUGUAUAAAAUAUUUUUUUAGUAUCUGUCAAGUCAACAAUCUUUUUAUAAGUAUCUUCAGGAAUUAAUAUCAAAAUCAUUUAGAGAAAUAAUUUGUGACCUUGAGAAAUGUAGGUUUAAUUUAAAAGAUUUGAGGAUCAUGACAUGGGUGGAUUUUUUUUUUUUUAAUUAAAAAACUAGAGAUAUUAUAAAAAGUUGAUUUUUAAGGCCUUUGGUUUUGGGUUUUUUUUUUUUUCUUUAGUGACAUAAUAAAGUUCUUUUGGGAUGUUUAUUACAAAAAUAUUUGUCACUUUGGUUACAGUUUUAGGAAAAGGGAAAAUGGAGAUUUUUCUAAGUUUGUGGCCAAUGUUAUAGGACCAUGUUACUCCUACAAUUUCCCCCACAAUUCUUGUUGGCACAGUUUGAGAGUUGAAUGUGUUUAUGAGAAUAACAAGGUCCUAUUAACUUACCUCACUGUAAUAAAUAUACUGUGGCACAAAUUAUACUUUGUGAAUCAUUUUUAGCUUUACUUCAGUUAUGAAGGGAAAAAAAAGGUUGCUUUUACAAUCUUAAAUACUAUAUAUAUAUAUAUAGUCUGUAUAUAAUUACAGACUAAUACUCCAUGAAAAGCAAGUAUCACCUUUCAAAACAGAGUGGAGUGAUCUUAGAAGAUCAGGGACAGGGACCUGAUAGCCAUCUAAAAGUUUUUGAAGAACUAUACUGUGGUAAAGAGACUGAAAUUUGUUUUCGUUGGUCUCAGAGGACAAAUCUAGGAACAAAUAGGAAAGUUGCAAAAAGGAGAGUUCCUAACACACUCUUCUCACAUACCUCUCAAACAUUACCCCUUACCCCCCUUUCCCUAGUAAAAGUCUUUAAGCCCAGAUUGGGUCACUACUUGUUAGGUAUAUGGUAGAUCAUAAUCUUAUUCUGAUGGGAAUUCUACUACAUAAAAUCAUAUGAUAAAAUUUACUGCUUUGAAAGGGACCAGAGAGUUAAUCUAGUACAACCCUUUCUCCCCACACCUAUGACCUAAAAAAUUUACAGAUGAAGAAAUAAUUCCAGAAUGGUUAAAUGACUUGUCCCCUUGCAUCACUGAGAUUGUUCAAUUAUUUAAUCAAUAAAAACUAGGUUUUUUGGCUAGCUCUACCUUACAGGCUAAGUAACAGGCAUGGCAGUUUUAUUUUAUUGUUUUAUAAUAACUUAGGCUUUUAAUUUAAUAUUUUCUGUAAAUAUUAAUCCUUUUGAUUUAGGGCUAUUAAAUCAUUUUGUUUAGUUAACUGUAACAUUUUAAAACUUGUUAUAUAUCUUUGGCAUCCCAAUCACAACAUGGCUGAGUCAGUACAACUCAGUUCUCCAGCUAUAAAAAUGUAACUUGUAACUUGAAAAAGGGUGUUUUUUUUUUGUUUUGUUUUUUUAAUCUUUGUCAAGCACUUUGAGAAUCUGGGGGCAAGGGGAAUCUCUAAUAUUUUAUUAAUCAUUCCAAGACACUGCUUGUAAGUUGAUGAUCUAUGGUCAGUGUACUUUGAAAACCACUUACUUAAAUAGGCCUUUAAAACUAAAUUAUCUUGUGAGAAAAAGGAAAUGAAAAGGUAUAUACUUUGUAUUGUUGAUCAAUGGUUUACAAAUUAUUAUGAGAACUACUUGAGGGGUGGAUAUUUGAAUUUUUGAAUUUACUCUUUAAUUUACAAAUUAUUUUAAGGGACCUUAAUCUUCAUAACCGGUUUUUUUUUUUUUUUUUUUUCUGUCGUGGUAAGAACAAUUAUGCAAAAAUUGGACAGGAUUACAGAAGGUGCUCUUUUAUCUUUGGAUGACAUUUAGUAAAGUUUGACACUGAAUAUCAAGAUUAACAUAUAUUUUUAAAGUAAAAUGGUUCUCAUCUAUGGCUGAAUUUGAAUUUAACUUAAAAGUUAUAACUAAUGAUUCAUAAACCAUUGUAUGUAUCUAAGUAAACUAGUGAAAAGGCAAUAUUUAUCAAUAAUGUGUUCAUAUGACAUUUUAUAGUUUGUUAGAAGCAUUGUAAAUAAAAUUAAUAUCGCCAGUUUAAAACAAAUUUAAAACAUAUUAGUUUAACCAUACUGUACAUACUUCCAGUCUGAGGUAACUAAUUAACUAGGCUUCAUCUUUUCUACCUCUUAAUGAUAUUCCUUUUUAUCUUAAUAUCCAGUUUCCAUUCCCUCCUCAUAAAAGAAAAGUAACAUCUCCCUUUUGAUAUCUUAAUUCUAGCCCUGCUUUGUGGGGUAUGCACAAUUGUAGUAUUAUGAACAGAAAAGAAGUAAAUUUUAGUUUUGGUGUGUCUAUCAGUUUCUUUGCUUAUAGGGCUAUUCUUUUAAAUGCCUUAAAGAUGUAAGAUUUUAAUAUUUAGUUUUAUACUAGCAAUAUCUAACAAUGUGCAAAUCUACUGGGGAGAAGAGAUCUUUUACUAACAUAUCUUAUCCAGCAUUUCCUCAGAGUAUGUUAAUAGCUACCUAAAAUGUCUUAAAAUCAAUUAAGUAAAUAAAAAAAUUAGAGCCAACCUUAUAAUAUUACUCUGAUAAAGUAGAAUUACCUGAAAUAGAUCUUCUAAAUAAAUGGUGUAUCUGAAUUCUGUAUUCUCAGAUAAAGAGAGCCAAUAAAACUCUGCAUAAGUAGGGUAACACUUGGAAUCUUCUCCUACUAAAAAUCUCAGUAAAUUUGUACACUUAGGGAUGAGAAAAUCCCAUGAGCAAAUAACAAUAUUCAUCUUCAUACUUUUACAAAGUACCAAGUCAUUUUGUUUUCUGAUGUGAUAUUGUUUUAAUCAUGUGUGUGACUUUUUACAUGGUAAACUGACAAGGGAACAAGUGUUAACUAUUUUCUGGAUAAACGUGUAAUACGUUUUUUACUAAACAUUGAAGAUAUUGUCCUAGAGGAUUUAGAAAGUAGUAAAAAGAGGAUAAUAUAAAUUGCGGGAAUUAAAGUGGAAUUAAAUAUGCUCUUUUGUGAAAUGUGAUGAGGUUGUGUGGCUAGCAAUGCGUAAGGCAAGUGUAUAAAGCUGAUUGAUCUUCUCUGCUUCCUCAACAGUGGAGUUUCUGCUCCAUUUAGAACCUACACCAAAUUAACUUUUGUAACCAAACAAAAAAAAUACAACUUGUUAUUUUAAAAGUCAGGGUAGUGGAGUUAAUAUUGAUAUACAAGGUCACACAUAAUUGUUAGAAUAUGCAAUUUAAUAACUAAUUCAAAGCCUUUAUUAAAGUUUUUAAGUGAAAACUUGUUUUGUAUUCAUUUAUAAAUGGAAUUUUGGAAACCUGAUGGCCCCAGACAAAUUACUGUUGAUCUUUAGCAUAAUUAUUAUUAACAGACUUGGGUAAGAUAUUUUUGCUGUGCUAAGUUGUUCUGAAUAAUGUACACACGAAUUAAUGUGUUAACAAGAGUAAAUAUGUACAUGUCAGAAUAACCACUGAAGAUCAUGCUCUUGAGUUUCAGUUUUUUCCACUACUCUUCUAGUGUGAGGUCUGGAUGAUAUAGAAACUAUAAUUUACUUCAGCAAAAGUAAUAAGUUGUAUGCUAUAUACUAAGGCAUUGCUUUUCAAAAUCUCAUUUUUGCUGCUGUUAGGAGUUUCUCGAAAGUGAAAUUAAAAUAUUUUAGAGUAGUUAGAGAAGCCUUAAAGUAGAAAUUUCAACUUUUACUGCUUUAGAAGUAUCACUCCACUACAAGUAAGUAUACAGAGUCUCAGUGUUGCCAUAUACUGCCUUAAAAAUGUUUAUCUAGUAUUUCUGGGAUACAAAUGUUCAGCAGGUUCUUUUAAACUGAGGCUCUCUAGUUUUGUAAUGGCUGGAAAUAAACUUUAAAUUUAGAAAUUUUACUAUACAUUAGUUUAUCCUUUUUUUAAGCAAUCAUGGGCACUUUCGUAUUUUGCAUAUAUCACACUAGUCAAAACAUGGGCAACUCCUCCUUUAAAUCUGACUUGUGUAAAAACAUUGUAUUCUUGGUGAAAAGAUUAGAAACAAAGGUGAGGAAAAUGAAUAAUGAAUAUAGACAAAAAUGAUAAAUGAAUAGAAUCUUUGUUUUUUGAAAUUUUUAACUUUCAUAUAAUUUUGCCUAUUUUUGUCAUAUACCUGUGGUCUUUUUUUUCCUCUUUCAAAGAUCUCAUUUUAGGAGGGUGCUCAUAUUUAUAUCACUACGGUAUUCUUUUAAAACAUCUAGGAACCAUAUAAUGGUUCGAGUUCUUUUUUUUUUAUUGGCUUUCAUCAUUUUAAAUAACAUAAGUAGAAAAUUGUUAGAUGACCUCUUAGAACCAUGUUGUGUUACUAAUACAUGUCCUCUGUGUAUGGGACAUAACCUCUAGAAGCUUAUCUCCAAGAACAAUAAAUUUCAGAAAACAAUUUAGUUUAUUUAUUCAGAAUUUAUGCAUGCAUAUGUGUGUGUGAGUGAAUCUGUGUGUAUAAUACAUAGACAAGUAUAUAAAAAUCAGCAUAUAAAAAGCACACAUUUCAUGUAUGUAAUUCACAAAUAAAAAUCAAACUAAAAUGUAUUAACAAUUAAAAUAAAAAAUCCAGGUUUAGUCAAAUUAAGUUCCUUCGGUUUUUCAAAACGGAAAGUUUUUAAUAUUAAAAGGUCAGCUAAUCUAUAAACAAUACUGGCUUAAAAUUGGAGUACACACAUAGAUUAUAAAUUGAGAUUUUUCCUAAUUGGUGCUUUAUAAAAUCCUUGUAGUUUGUCAUUUUUUUCCCCAAGAAAAUGUUAAUAUUUAUUAAUUGUGGUAUUAUAGGAUAAUUCUCCAGAUACUUUAUUUAAGGCUUUUACCUUACCUCUAAGUCUUGAUAGGAUAAACGCAAUUAAUAAGUCAUUCUUUAGAGACUACAAGAAAAACAUUAAACCUUUGUGAAAUGCUAGUUGACAACAAACUAUUACUUAAAAGGAACAAUGAAUAAACUACAAAUUGUUAUUUUUACUUUUGAUAAAAUAUAAGUGCUUAAUAGUUUAAACAAAUUUAAAGGUGUUUUACAGAAAAGAUAAUAGGCUGUUAUAUAGCAAUUCAUCAUGUUAAGAAAUUUGAACAGAAGACACAGCAAAAUUAAUAUUUAAUAACUAAAAAUUCACCUAAAAUUCAUCUAAGAAUUUUACUAGAAAAUGUGGCUUGGGAUACCUCUUUAUUGUGCAAUAAUGAUUAUCCAAGGAAAAGAAAAUGAGUAGUAUAAUGUGUAAUAAAAAUACAGUAACUAAGGGCAGCUAGGUGGCACAGUGGAUAGAGUACCAGUCUUGAAGUCAGGACGACUUGAAUUCAAGUCUAGCAUCAGACACAAUACUUCCUGGCUGUGUGACCCUGGGCAAGUCACUUAACCUCAAAUGCCUCAGCAAAAAAAAAAAAUUACAGUAACUAAAGAUAGGCAUAUAACAUAAUCAUGAGUUCUAUAAACAUCACUUCUCUCAGGUUAUUUAUAACAUAAAAACCAUUAUCUGUGGAUAAAAAAAAAAAAAAAAAAUUGGGCAUUAACUAAUGCCCAAGUAACUUUUCCUCUUGAGUUUAUAGUAACACAGCUGACCCCUGGAAUCAGUGACUAGAUUGUAAAAUAUCCUUUAAGUUCUGUAGUUUCCAUCAUGACCCUAAUUAUUGACUGCCUGGUUCAUUUUAAAGUGGAUCACUCACAGCCACUCUGCAGUUAUUAAGUCACAGGAUUACUGCUACUUGAAAGGGUAUGUUAAUGUAUUCCAGCUCUCCAAAGUAAAAUCUCUAACCUUUAUUUCAGUGUUUAGCACUAUUCCAUAGAAUGUGGCCCACAGUAAGCAAUUAAAUUCUUUUUUAUUUGUCUGAAAUAAUACUCAAAUUCAGGCCAGUUUAUUAGUUAUUUUAGAAACCAAUUGCAAGAGUUCCAAAUUUAGCAACAACCAAAGAUAUUCUGAAAAGAAACUUAAAAUUACAAUUUUCUUUAUGAAUAAUCUUUACUGUCAUUAAGCCACUGAAAGAAAUCCAAUUACAUUUAUUUUUGAAUAUAUGUAUUUGAAAACAUUUUCCUCAAUAUGCAAAUGUGACCACAUAUAGGGAAAGUGGAAAAAGCUGUGCAAAUUGUUUUGAUAGAAAACCCCACACUAUAGGUUCGAUCCCAUUCCAAUAUUUCAGUUGUGUGACCAUCAGUAAUAAUUUUAUUUCUCCACAUCUGUUUCCUGCAUCUGUAAAACGGAUUAUAUUUGCACUGCUUUAUCCCUCAGUUUUAUAAGAAAUCACUUUAAGUGUCAGUUAUUCAUCACAUUUCCAUCUUACUGUUCUACUGGUAAUUUCCUCUCUUCUCAAAUGAGCAUUUCACUUCUUCCCUCUAACUUUCCUAACAUUUUAAGUAAAAGCAAAGAAAGGUAUUGACAAACACAGUAAAUGAAACAAGCCAUAUUUUAAAAGAACACUACCCUAGCUUCACCUCUUACAACAUAAAAAUUAAGAUUAUAAUGGAAUGAGGUCUUGUAUAAUGCAAAAAAUGCACUGGCCCAGGAGGCAAAGAGACAUAUACAAUAACCUCAAGAGACUUGGGUUUCAAUUCUAAAAUUCUGACAAAAUGAUUUUAAAAGAUUCAGUAAAUGUAAAGUAUUAAUAUAAUUAACAUUAUAGUGCUUCCUCCUCCAACACAACACACAUAACUUUAGUGUAUGGGAAUCAGCAGCAGAGAUGAUUCUUGAUCUUUUUUCUUGGAUCCCUCUGGCAGUCUAGUGAAACUUAUGGAACCUUGUCAGAAUUUUUUUAAAAUUAUAAUUGGAGGAAAUGCUAAAUUUUUGUCAGAGGUUGGUGAAUUUUAAGAUUUUUUUUCCCCAAUCUACAUUCACAGAUCCUGCCACUCUGAAACCUAUGAAGAGAUUUAUGGGUCCUAGAUUAAAAAGACACUUAUUAAUCUGUAAGGCAGAAUUGAGAUGAAUCACAAAGUUCAGCAAUAAGUAUUGCCAAAGCAACAUAUAUUGUAUCUAGGAUAUACUGCAACAUAUCCAACAUAUAAAGGACUGCUUGCCAUCUAGGGGAGGGGGUGGAGGGAGGGAGGGGAAAAAAAAAAUCGGAACAGAAACGAGUGUCAAUAUAAAGUAAUUAUUAAAUAAAAAAUUAAAAAAAAAAUAAGUAUUGCCAAAGCAAAUUGUUCUGAUAAAACAGGCUGAGCCAGGCAGGGAGCGCUGAGACCCACCAUAGGCCCACAGGUAAAUUGCAUGAAAAUAACACUAAAUUAACAGCUGCUCUUAUUCCUGCUCUAAGAGUUCUUCAAAUCGCAUGAAUAUUGUAAAAUAUAAAACCAGGUUUGCUUUUUAAAAAAGGAAAUUUAGGAUUUUUAGAACAAAAUGUUCUGUUUUUACACCAAUGGCAAAGAACAAAAUCCCUUAUCCAUAAUUAGGAAUAGUCAAAGCUGUUAAAAGUUUUUCCUGGAAUAUCUAGAGUUCUUUAUAUCUUGCUUUUUUUAUAUAGUUAAGUUCUUUCUCAUCUUUUUUCAAAUUAUCAUAUACAAACAUUAUUUCCCAGUAAAAUGUAAGUCCCUGAAAAUAGGCCUGUUUCAUUUUUUGUCUUUGUACUUUCAACAUUUAGCAUAAGACGUUUCUUAAUAAAUGAUUUUUGGACUCAACUAUAAA